AUGUCGUCGACGUUCAAGCCAACAGACGACCAGAGUUCUGAUCUAGUCAAGAUUGACCAGGAGGCUGAUGUCGAGAACCUCCAGGAGGACAGGGCUGCCGUUGAGAAGAGGAUGCUGUUCAAGCUUGACCUCCGGAUGUCAUACCUAAUCGUCCUCUAUAUCCUGAACAUCAUUGAUCGCGGCAACACACCAGCGGCGAGGCUUCGCGGUUUCGAGAGGGAACUAGGGUUGGUCGGCACAGAGUAUUCCACUGUGCUAUCCAUAUUCUUCGUUGGAUAUAUAUUGGUGCAGAUCCCCUCAAACAUGCUCAUGAAUUACUUGGGGAGGCCCUCGAUCUAUUUGCCGAUAUGUACUAUGGGGUGGGGGUUAAUCUCCACUCUGACUGGGAUCGCGAAUAAUUUCGUGGGCGUUCUUUUAUGUCGGUUCUUCCUCGGCUUUGUCGAAUCGGCUUUUCUUCCGGGGGCCCUCUUCUUACUUUCUCAGUGGUACAAACGAGGCGAGUUAUUUUGGGUGACGAUACUCUUCUGCGCCACCUUCUUGAGCGGUGCCUUUGGUUCAGUUAUGGCCGCCGGGAUAUUAAACGGCAUGGAGGGCAAAUUGGGCCACUCCGCAUGGAGGUGGCUGUUCUUUCUCGAGGGAUCUAUAACGAUCUUCCUCGCUAUCUUUGGGAUGUUCAUUCUCCCCGACUUUCCCUCCAACUCGUCUAGCUGGUUGACGCCUGCUGAAAAGGCUGUGGCCGAGCAGCGGAUGGAGGAAGAGGCUCGGGGCCACCAGAAGUCAGUUGGUUAUAUGCAAGGCUUUAUCCUUGCUGUAUCCGAUUGGAAGGUCUGGUGGCUGUCAACGAUUAUGGGGCUCAUCCAGCUGUCUCUUAGUUUUAUGACAUUUUUCCCGACGUUAACGGCCACGCUUGGUUACAAUCUUAUGACUACGCUGCUUCUCUGCGCCCCUCCGUGGGUACUCACGACUAUUUCCGCCUUCCUUGUUACCAGACAUUCUGAUCGCACCAAGGAGCGGUGCUUCCACACCACCCUCCCUUUGGUAGUCGGCAUCAUUGGAUCAAUUAUCGCCAUGUGCACCAUGAAUACAGCCGCACGUUACGUAGCACUGUUUCUGAUGGCCCAAUCACCUAUGGGACCUGCAAUCACUAUUGCAUGGUGUAUGACCUCGCUUCAGCCUGCUAAUAAGACUGUGGUUGGCAUUGCUCUUAUUAAUGCGAUGUCCCAGAUCGGUCUCGUAAUCGGCCCAUAUGCUUGGGAUCAGAGCUGGGGGCCGAGCUACAGGAAGUCAUUCGCGAUUUGCCUCGCUGCAGCGUCCCUCAGCAUCGUGAUGUCAUUCGUUUUCCGUUAUCAUUUAGCUGGCUUGAACGCCAAAGCCGAAAAAGAAGAAAAAGACAGAUGCCAAACAGAGCCUGGAUUUCGGUAUAUGUUAUAA